AUGGCUAUCCCUGCCGAUUUGCUUCCUCUCUUGCAGCGAUCUGCGGGGGACUCGAGGCCAAUUGUGGUUGCGAUGUGUGGUGUUGCAGGCUCUGGAAAAUCCACCUUGUCAAAAUCAAUUAUCGCCAACUUUCCAACCUUCACCCGGCUAUCUAUUGACCAAACGAUAUUCGACGCCCAUGGGCUAUACGGAGUUGACUACCCCAAAGAUCUUUACCAUCAAUACUCCUCAGAGGCGAAUGAGCAGUUCAUCGAUGAUUUUCGCCAACUUCUAUCUUCUGAUGAGCCUAGAGACGUUGUGUUAGAUCGUUCAUUCUAUGCAAAAGACGAUCGUGAUGACUACCGAAAGUUCGCGCAGGAAAUGGGAGCUAGGUUUAUCUUGGUGUUUUUUGAGAUCAAUAAGGAUAAACUAUGGCAAAGGAUUCAACAGAGGGCCAUAGCCGAUAAAAAUGCAGAUUCCGCCUUCGACAUUACGUCCGAUAUUUUGGAUAGAUACAUCAGCGGAUUCGAGAGGCCAGAUGAAGAUGAGAUAAGCGUCACCAUUACCGGCUAG